AGGACCAACGUUUAGGUGGGCAAGUCAUUUGACCCAAGCACGACUACUCAUUUCAGACAUCGAUUCAAAAUGAGUCUCUCUGCUAAAGACAAAGCAACUGUGAAGGCCCUCUGGGCAAAGAUCUCCCCAAAGGCUAAAGAUAUCGGCAAUGAGGCGUUGUCCAGAAUGCUUUAUGUCUACCCUCAGACCAAAACCUACUUCUCUCACUGGAGCGACCUGACCCCCGGAUCCGCUCCUGUGAGGAAGCAUGGAAAGAAGGUCGUCGCUGGAAUCGGUUUGGCUGUUGAGAAAAUCGACGACCUUUUCGCCGGCCUGCUCACUCUUAGCGAGCUGCAUGCCUUUCAGUUGAGAGUGGAUCCUGCUAACUUCAGGAUCCUGUCCCACAACAUUCUUAUGGUGUGUGCCAUGCUCUUCCCUGAUGACUUCACACCUGAAGCCCACCUGGCCAUGGACAAGUUUCUUGCAAGAGUGGCCCUGGCUUUGUCUGACAAAUAUCGUUAA